AUGUCUGCGAAAGAUUCUGUCUUACCACCCUUAAUGCCUCCGCAAGAUGCAAACGCAAAGACUACAAUUACAAUCGAGCCAGGUAUUGGUAAUAUGGAAAAGGUCUUUAUGAGCAGCGUGGAGCUUCUUCAUAUACUCCACGAUAUUCAGGUUUUGAGAGCGAACGCUCUUCAACCUGGCGAGAAAGAUAUCCAGCAGAUAUUUUGUCUGCAGCAACGUAUGCUCCAGUUUCGUCGAAACUCACCACACUUGCGAUUCGAGGAGUCUUAUGAAGAGUAUACCCGACCAUACAUGAAUGUAAUUUUCUUCCUCCACUCCGUUUACAACUUGGCUAUGAUCUCUCUUCAUUCAUUUGUCAUUCCAUUCUUCUCGGCAAGGUCGAUCAAUGAUUGUCUGCCCUCUGAACUUCUUCAACAAUGCACAUACACCACAGUAUCUCAUGCCGAAAAAUUUGUCAUCAUGCUCAAUCAUUUCGUCUCCGCUGGCGGAAAGGUCGCAGAACUACCGCCUUAUGUGGGAUACUGCAGCUUUGUGACGACUUACGACAACACUGGGUUCCCCUUGAAAGACUGGUAUGUUCUCAAUAAGAUAAGUGGGUUCAAGAAAGCUAACUCCUCGGGUGGCAAAGUGGAAGAAAGUGUUACUCUGCUUGAAAGGUCACAUCUGUGA